UGCUUUCAUUCAUCUCCCUAAAAUCAUACCCAUAUUUAUCAUCCCUCCUUACUAGGUUUUUCUUCCCUUUACACUUCUUUUUUUCCUGUCUUUUUUAACUUUUAUCUUUCAGCUUUUUCUAUAAUUUAAUACUAUCAAACACUACAUAUGUUCAUAUUUCUUGAUUUGGACACUUCAACUCUAACUCUUCUUCUUCUUCUUUAGCUUCUUUCUUGAUUCUAUUUUCCUUGAUCUACCUCGUCGAUCCGCGAUUCCCGGCCAACAACGUUAAAAGGACAAAACAAAAAAUAAAUGUCUCUAGACAUAACAUAUUCGUCUUCCUCGGAACGUGUUUGCUAUGUCCACUGCAACUUUUGCAACACCAUUCUCGCGGUUAGCGUUCCAUGCAGCGGCAUCAUGACAAUAGUGACAGUAAGGUGUGGACACUGUGCAAAUUUGCUUUCUGUUAAUAUUGGAUCUUUGCUUCAGUCUCUCCCCCUUCAAGAUCUACAGAAGCAGCAGAGAUCAAAUAUUGAAGAUGCUAGUAAAGCCUUUGGAUCAUCCUCUUCUACCAAUUAUCACAGAUUUUCUGCCAUUGGUACAUCUCCUGAAGAUGAUCAACCUAGAACCAUGCCUAUACGCCCACCAGAGAAAAGACAACGUGUUCCUUCCGCCUACAACAGAUUUAUCAAGGAGGAGAUCCAAAGGAUAAAGGCAAGCAAUCCUGAUAUUACUCACCGUGAAGCUUUUAGCACUGCUGCCAAAAAUGUAAGUUGUACCAUAAAACAUAAGUACAUAGAUUUUCAUGGAAUGAGAAUUAGAAAUAAUUAUUUCAAUUUAAAUUAA